CUCCUGGGGCUCCACUGAUGAGGACUCGAGGCGGAGGAUGUCUCCUGGGGCUCCACUGAUGAGGACUCGAGGCGGAGGAUGUCUCCUGGGGCUCCACUGACGAGGAUUUGGUCUUCUACCUCAACUGCUGUCGGGGGCAGCCAUAUUUAUUUAAUGCUCUGUCCAUGAUCUACAAGAAGACUCCGCCAUCAUGCUCCCGUGUACCGCCGCCCGCCUGCGCCCACUCCUCCUCCUCCGCCGGCGCUGGCCGCUGAUCUCACUUCUGGCCUCUCUGAUGUUCUUCCUCAGCGUCAUGGGGUAUCUUGAAGAGUUCCUCUCCGGGAUUCUUUCCAUCUUCUACUCCAUGCCUUCUCCUGUGUCUUCACCCCGAGCCUUGAACGUUCCCAUCCCCCCUUUCCUGCUGUCUCCAGCCAGGGCCUGCUUGUUGCCGCCAUUUCUGCUCAUCCUGGUGUCCAGCGCUCCUUCCCACCGAGACAGGAGGGACGCAAUCCGCCAGACCUGGGGGAGCCUCGCGUCUUCCACGGCCUCCUCGUCUCUCACCCUCUUCGUUCUGGCUGUGCCAAAGUCCCCGGAAGAGCGGGCGGCUUUGAUGCAUGAGGCGGUGACCCACAGGGACAUCAUUCAGGCCAACUUCUCCGACACUUACCAGAACCUGACGCUGAAAACCAUCACAGGGCUGACGUGGGCCCUGGAAAAAUGCAGAGGGGCCCGGUUCCUGCUCAAGACUGACGAUGACGUUUUCGUGAACACUGUGCAUUUGUCGCAGUUCUUACAAAGGGAAAGCGGCCUCCAGUACAUGGGGCGGCUGCACUGGCACGUGAGCCCCUGCAGGGACCCCGAGAACCGCCAUUACAUAUCGCGGGAGAUGUAUGGGGGCAACUAUUUCCCGCCCUACUGCAGCGGCACCGGCUAUGUCCUGUCUAGUGAAGCUGCUGCGCUCAUCUUGGGGCGGCUGCCGAGCGGCCCUUGGCCGACGGUGGAGGACGUCUAUGUCGGUAUCUUGGCCAAGGCAGCUGGCAUUGCUCCGAGACACCUGGGAAAGAUGGCCGGAUCCAUGUCUGUGCCGCACACCCCCUGCUGCUAUCGGACCAUGUUCACUUCUCAUGGGCUGAUGCCAAAGGGCAUGCAGGAAGCCUGGGAGAUGCUGAAGGAGGCCGGGGAUCGCUGGUGCCCCUCGCUGAGCAUGCUCUUCUGUAAAGUAUUCGGGCAGCUGGUGGAAAAAGGAGGCGAGGGGGUGCACUGAGGCAAGACGGGCACUAACGGUGCCUUCUGGG